GACGUUUCGUUCCGUUUUUCAUUCGAAGAUGGAAGAUAUUUUUAGCAGGAAUGAGAGAAAUGCAGUGAAUACGUAAUACAAAUUAAAUCUUUGUACAUGUUUGCAUUCGUAGUCCUUGAGUUAAUGAUAUCACGCUUUACCCCAUGCAUGUUUGCAUCAAGAAGAGGGGAUUUUCUCUUAUAGUGACAGAUUAAUACGCGUUUCACGUGAAGUUGAGUCGGAGCACAUGACACGGAAGUAACGUUAACGUUAUCUGCCAAUUCUAAACUAAACAUCCUCAUGACAAACUUCACACAAACACCCGUCUCAACAUGCUGACACACAAUCUGCUGUUCAGCAUCUGCUGCCUGCUCGGGUGCGCUGCUGAGUUUUAUGUGAUAGAUGAUCGGAUUGGAUUAGGGAGAGAAUUUGAUGGAAUCGGUGGAUUAAGUGGAGGAGGAGCCACUUCACGACUUCUGGUCAACUAUGAAGAACCGUACCGGAGUCAUAUAUUGGAUUUCUUGUUCAAGCCCAACUUUGGAGCUUCAUUGCACAUCCUAAAAGUAGAAAUAGGAGGCGAUGCUCAAACCACAGAUGGCACAGAACCCUCUCACAUGCACAGUAAGGGUGAAGGCAAUUUUUUCCUUGGAUAUGAGUGGUGGCUUAUGAAAGAAGCCAAGAAGAGAAAUCCAAACAUCAAGCUGAUUGGUCUUCCUUGGGCAUUUCCGGGAUGGGUUGGAGAAGGAACCCAAUGGCCUUACUUCUUUCCAAAUGUUACUGCUGACUAUGUUGUUUCAUGGAUCUACGGAGCAAAGCAGCAUCAUAACCUUGACAUUGAUUAUAUUGGGAUAUGGAAUGAAAGAAAAUAUGAUCCAGUUUACAUUAAGGUGCUCAGAGAUACUUUGGACAGAGUUGGUUAUACAAAUAUCGGCAUCAUUGCUGCAGAUGGAGACUGGUCCAUUGCAGCUGCCAUGCUGGACGAUCCAUAUCUGAAUGAUGCUGUUGAGGUGAUAGGUGUCCACUACCCAGGCACCAAAACAGUGAAGGAAGCUCUGUUAACGGAGAAGAAGCUUUGGUCGUCUGAAGAUUACAGCACCUUCAAUGACGACAUCGGCGCCGGAUGCUGGGCUCGUAUCUUAAACCAGAACUACGUGAACGGCAGAAUGACCUCGACUAUAUCCUGGAAUUUGAUAGCAAGUUACUAUAAGAAUCUGUCCUUUGGUGGAGAUGGGCUGAUGACAGCUGAUGAGCCCUGGAGUGGACAUUAUGUAGUGGAAUCUCCAAUAUGGAUGACUGCACACACUACUCAAUUUACACAGCCAGGCUGGUUUUAUCUGCAGACUGUAGGGAAUCUCACCCAUGGAGGAAGUUAUGUAGCUUUAACGGACCGUAAAGGGAACCUCACAAUAGUUAUUCAAACCAUGACACACAGUCACUCUCAAUGCAUUCGACCUCCUCUGCCGCACUUUGACGUCUCCCCUCAGAAAGCCACAUUUCAGCUCAAAGGUUCUUUUGCACAUCUCACUGACCUUCAAGUGUGGUACUCAAAAUUGGAUUUUAAGACCAAAAACGAUACACUGUUUCAGCGGAGCAGUCCUAUUAAGGUCUAUAAUGGUUCGUUCACUUUAAAACUAGAUGUCGAUGAGGUUUACACAAUCACAACAGUCAACACUGGACAAAAAGGCGCCUACCCAGAGCCCCCCAAGUCCCAGCCAUUUCCAAAGAAUUACUCUGAUGACUUCACUAUAGAUAACCCUCCGUUCUCUGAGGCCCCUUUUUUUGCUGAUCAAACCGGUGUGUUUGAGUACUUCAGAAAUAGCACUGAUAAUGGUUCGCAUGCCUUUACCUUACGGCAGGUGGUCACCGAACGGCCGGUCACCUGGGCUAGAGAUGCCUACCAGACCAUCAGCAUCAUAGGGGACUACAGCUGGACAGACCUCAGUGUGUCCUGUGACGUCCUAAUCGAAACUCCCGUCACUGGAGGCGUGUUCCUGGCGGCCCGGGUUGAUCAAGGUGGAGAGUCCGUCAGAGAAGCAAAGGGGGUCUUUUAUUGGAUUAGUGCAAAUGGAACCUAUAAAGUCACAAAUGAUAUAGGUGGACGGAGAGUUCUUGCUGAAGGGCUGUCAGGAACAAGGGAAGGUGUAUGGUAUACCUUAACCCUUAGAGUCAAGGGAUAUUUUGCCACUGGGAUGCUGAAUGGCUAUCCGCUGUGGAAGAACGCUGUUGUUCUUGAACCCAAGAAUGGCUGGGCUGCUCUAGGAACUCUCUCUUUUGAAUAUGCACAGUUUGAUAAUUUUAAAGUGAACGCAGAAUAAUUAAUGCCUUCUUCACAUCAAUCAUGUUUACAUGAUCAUCACAUACUUUUGCUGCUUGCACACCUUUCAACCGUUUGUUAAUGUAUUUUUAAUGCAAAAAAAACAGACUGUAAUGGAUGUCUUAUUUUAAUUUAAUGAUUGUUCUUUUGUACAAAUUAUUAUUAUUUUUUUUCCUCUUUGGGGUUUAUGAUUAAGGAGUGCAAGUGUGAAAUGUUUAUCUUCUUCAAAAAGAGAUGCUUUGUGCCAAUUACUGUAACCGGGCUGUUUAUGAAAGAAAAAAUGAAAGACGAACUACCAGUUUGGACAUAUUUGAUGGAGUUAAUGUUUUAUAUGAAAUUGUUUAAUAAUAAACAGAGCUAAAAUUGUGGGAAAUAUUGAA